AUGAAAAUAGUUGAAAGAACAAGUGAAGGAGAUAAAGUGCCUCAUGGCAACCCUGGUCAAGACACAGAAACCCCCAUGCAAGAACAAUCCAGUAAGCUAUCAGAACAAGGCAAGGGAUUCCAAGAUAACUAUCCUCCUGUCUACAACAGCUUCACUGAUUAUGUCAACUCGCAGAUGUCGACAAUAGGUAGGGCGAGGUCAUGGCAAGACCAAAAAUCCCUAUUCGGGAUGAGAAUCAAUCCUAAGAAGCUCCCUGGAGAAAGGAAAGUCAAUCCAGAACAAACAUCUUUUUCCGGUGAUCUUAAGGAAUUCAUCAAUGAUAUGCAGCUAGGGCUAGGAGGAGAUGGGAACAACGGAAGUUCAACCUAUUGCCCAUUUCAUGGCUACAAUUGUUAUUGCAUCUUCCGCCCUCAAUCCUGA